AUGGUAGCCGUUAAGUGUUUACAGCAACAUUGGACCCUUCUAUGUGAUGAUAUCCGACAUGGAACUAUAGCAGAAGACCACCCUAAAAUCACUGACCCAUCGGUGAGAAAAGCGGUCAUGAAAAUACUAGUCAAGACAAACCCCAAACUUGCUGAUUUCAUCGAGAAUGAGUGUAAGAGAGAUUCAUCAUGGGAAGGCAUAGUGUCUAGGUUAUGGCCUAAUGCUAAGUGCAUCGUCACCAUCAUUACUGGGACAAUGUCUCAUCACAUCAAUAACAUUGAUUUUUAUAGUAAUGGUCUUCCCAUUGUUAGCCAUAUGUACGCAUGUUCAGAAUGCUUCUUAGGUAUAAACCUUGACCCUCUAACUAAGCCACCUGAAGUUUCUUACACACUUAUCCCUACAUUGGCAUAUUUUGAGUUCUUGCCGAUACUCGGGGAAGAUGAUAAUCAAAAGGACAACUUCAACCAGGAGAAAAAACAACAUCAUCCAGAACUGGUUGAUCUCGUCAAGGUUGAGCUUGGACGAGAAUAUGAGCUUGUUGUCACCAAUUAUGCAGGACUUUAUCGGUAUAGAGUUGGAGACGUGCUACGAGUUGCUGGGUUCAAGAACAAUGCUCCUCAGUUCAAUUUCAUGCGGAGAAGAAAUGUAGUUCUAAGCAUUGAUAUGGACAAGACAAACGAAACUGAGUUUCAAAAUGCAGUGAAAAAGCAGUUUACCAUCUUAUGA